CUUCGAUAACCCGAUCCGGUUUAUUUCGUGGUGGUUAACUGUCCACCUGCUCUUCUUUCUUCAUCCUUGUUACAAAAUGUCGCGUCAUUCUUCUUUUACUGAUUUCAGCUCAAUCGGUCAAAUUCGAGUUUGAGUUUAGAAAUUUGAGCUUUCCACCAAUCGAAAGUUGACUAAUCUGUUCGUGAAUCUGUCUCCGAUCGGUGAACUAUCUCGCAGUACCAGGAGAUUGAUCACUCCUUCGACAUUGCUCUUUCAAUUCGUUCUCAAGGGUUUUAAUGAGCUCGUAGAAGCUUCCAGAAAUGGCGUCCAUGAGCUCUGGUGAUGAAAGCCUUCGACUUUGCGCAUUUGAUUUGAGGAGGGGCCAAACUGAAGGACAAGAGUUAGACAAGAUUUUGUUCUUUUACCCUGCAGAAUUAGACUUAUCCACCCAGUUAUCAGUGAUCGGGCUCAGUGAAGGGCUUAUUACUUUUACUAGACUUUUCUCUCCGGAGGCAGCUUGUGAAGUAAUAGAAGCAGAAAGACAUUCCCAUGUUUUCUAUGAGGCUGAACCCGAUAUCUGGAUGGUUAUGGUUGUGGAGAAAAAUAAGGAGACAGGGGCAAUAUGGAGGAUUGAUGCAUUAAGGAGGGUGCUUAAAGAAGUGCACUCACUCUUUGUUAUGUUUCACGGGUCAAUUAGGGCAUUAAUCGAAAAAGAACCAACAGGAGGGCUUACACGAUCACUGUUGUACCCGUUCAUCACUGAUUAUUUAAGCACAUUUCAAAAAUGGUCUCUCUCGGAAGAUUGCUGCUGGGGUAAAAUGCUGAAGUUGCUGUGUCGAAUGCCUUCCUUUGGAUUUGUGCAAAACCGCAUAUUUUGUUACCUUCAUGAUUUUUUUGUGGGGAAGAAACUUCAGCUACCAACUUUCCGUGAAACUUUGAGAGAGCGUGGAACUGUUCAAAUGCUUACUUUAGCAAGGGACAUCGCAGUUGAAGUUCAGUCACUUGUUCAAGUACUAGAUUCAUGUGCUGGGAGCUUACGAUGUCACUCUAUGAUCUUAUUUCAAGAUCUGCUGGUUUCAACAACCCUCUCAGCUGAUGAUACCGUCGACUUAUUUACAUUUGCUGUAAUGAGGUUGACCUCAAAAGCUUUAUCCUCUGACGCAAGUUCUUGGUCAUAUCUACGUAAAGGGCCUGGUUCAUCUGAAAUCUCUUCUAGAUCUACUUUGGCACCCAUUGGCUCAAUUGAUUCCCUACACUCAAGAAACGGAAAUGACAUGCAUCAUGUUAUUAGGCCACUACAAAAUGAUAAGUGGACAAAAGGGAAAGAUGGGUUUCUAAUAACCGAUAUUUGGGGUCUAGAGACUGGCGGUUCCCCUGAUUCUGCCAUCCCUACAAUCUGGCUUCAGCAGACACAAGAAAGAAUGUAUCUCCUUGCUUAUCAGCAUAACAGUCUCACCUUACUUCUUCUCAUGCCUACAAAUGCCAUUGUCAAUGGAGAUUUAAGCGUCUCAGCCGUGAAACAGCAAGUUAUUGAAGAUGCAUCACUGAGAAUCUUGAAAAUCGAAGAGAAGAUUUCAAGAGGGUGGGGCGGUGAGAAUACUUACCAUAUUAAGGGUUACCGUUACUUAGUAGUUGAUAGUGACAUGGAACUAUCCAGAGCUUCUCCUUCAGGAAAAGUUACAACACUUGCAAAGGAGUCUUUACUUGCACUAAACCAGCUUAGAGAAGAAGUGGAUUUAGAAAAAAGUCGUGCGAAAAGGCAGGAAAAAGACAUGGAAAUAUGCAUCAGAGCUAAGAACAAUGUGUGGGUGAUCGCCCGUGUGACCAGAGGCAAAGAGCUUUACAUGGCUUUGGAGAAAGGCAGCGACACUCUUCUUGAUACCACAGACGCUGUUGGACGAUUCAGCAACAGGUAUUGCAGCGGAGCGUUCUUGAUGGACUAAGUUUUAGUGUUCUUUCUUCUGGUUUUGGGAAGAAGUUUCUUCUAGUUUCAAGUACAAAGUGAAAAGCUCAGAAGAAGUAAUGAGCACUUCUCUAUCAGCCAUUAAUUUUGUUGUGGGAAAUUGCAGAGAGGAAAACGAUUGUGUUCUUAUUUGGCCUGUGUAGAUAUGUAACAAUGAUUCCACGUUCUAUCAAGCAAACGAAAUCCUUUUAUUUUUGUGCGGAGGAAAGCAUCUUUCUCCUGGGUCUUAAUUCUUGGUUUGGUUAGAUAUACUCACUCCUGAUUACUAGUAGUACUAUACAAGUGUUAUUCCGUAUCCGUUUCAAAUUUUCAAUAGAAUUCAAAGUUUACA